AGUUUCAUACAGAGGUCAACCCUUGUUAAACAUCAGAUAAUCCACACAGGAGAGAAAUCCCAUAAAUGUUUGGACUGUGGGAAAAGUUUCACACAAAGAUCAAAUCUUCUGGCACAUCAAGCAGUCCACACUGGAGAGAGACCCCAUAAGUGCUUAGACUGUGGAAAAAGUUUCAUACAGAGGUCAAUCCUACUUAAUCAUCAGGCAGUCCACACUGGAGAGAGACCUCAUAAGUGCUUAGACUGUGGGAAAAGUUUCAUACGGAGGUCAGACCUUGUUAAACAUCAAGCAGUCCACACUGGAGAGAAAUCCCAUAAAUGUUUGGACUGUGGGAAAAGUUUCAUGCAAAGAUCAUAUCUUAUGGCACAUCAGACAGUCCACACUGGAGAGAGACCCCACAAGUGCUUAGAUUGUGGGAAAAGUUUCAAACAAAGAUCAAAUCUUCUGGCACAUCAGGUAAUCCACACAGGAGAGAGACCCCACAAGUGCUUAGAUUGUGGGAAAAGUUUCAUACGGAGGUCAGACCUUGUUAAACAUCAAGCAGUCCACACCGGAGAGAGAUCCCAUAAAUGCUUAAACUGUGGGAAAAGUUUCAUACAUAGGUCAGUUCUUGUUAGACAUCAGUUAAUCCACACUGGAGAGAAAUCCCAUAAAUGUUUGGACUGUGGGAAAAGUUUCAGGCAAAGAUCAUAUCUUAUGGCACAUCAGACAGUCCACACUGGAGAGAGACCCCACAAGUGCUUAGAUUGUGGGAAAAGUUUCAAACAAAGAUCAAAUCUUCUGGCACAUCAGGUAAUCCACACAGGAGAGAGACCCCACAAGUGCUUAAUCUGUGGAAAAAGUUUCCUACGGAAGUCAGACCUUGUUAAACAUCUGGCAAUCCACACUGGAGAGAGACCCCACAAGUGCUUAGAUUGUGGGAAAAGUUUCAUACGGAGGUCAGACCUUGUUAAACAUCAAGCAGUCCACACCGGAGAGAGAUCCCAUAAAUGCUUAAACUGUGGGAAAAGUUUCAUACAUAGGUCAGUUCUUGUUAGACAUCAGUUAAUCCACACUGGAGAGAAAUCCCAUAAAUGUUUGGACUGUGGGAAAAGUUUCAGGCAAAGAUCAUAUCUUAUGGCACAUCAGACAGUCCACACUGGAGAGAGACCCCACAAGUGCUUAGAUUGUGGGAAAAGUUUCAAACAAAGAUCAAAUCUUCUGGCACAUCAGGUAAUCCACACAGGAGAGAGACCCCACAAGUGCUUAGACUGUGGAAAAUGUUUCAUAUGGAGGUCCGGCCUUGUUAAACAUCAAGCAAUCCAUACAAGAGGGAAAUGUUAACAUUUAGAUUAAACUUGGGUGUAAUAAUGUCAUUGUGUAUAUAUAUAGCUCUUUAAAGUUUGUGGUAAACUGUCUAUGAACGGCUUCAUGGAUAAUUAAUUACCUUAUGUAUCAGAGAGGUUGCCGUGUUAGUCUGAAUCUGUAAAAAGCAACAGAGGGUCCAGCGGCACCUUUAAGACUAACAGAAGUAUUGGGAGCAUAAG